AUGGAGGUUUUGGCGCGAAGACUCAACUGCGUCCAGUGUUUUUGCCCGCCGCGGCCUGAGCAGGAUGGGCAUGAGGUGAAAGCCACCUCGGUGGUCUCGGAGACGGCCCUUCAAACCUGGAAAGACAGGUGGCUCCAGGCCAAACGUCAUGCCCAGGGUGUGGCGGAGGUCUCCUGCAUCGUGCUGUCGGCAGCUGAUGCAUUACGACAACUACCAUUUCAUUUGUGGACCUGGCAGUUCACGACUUCGGUCGCCAAGAUGGCCGGUCGGCUGAUGUACAUCCACAUGCUGCCGUCUUGUCAGUUCAUUGCAACCAUCUUCCUGGCACUCAAUUGGGUGUGCAAUGGCUUUCAGAUCCAGAUGUGUGGCUCUGACACCAGGUCUCCCCUUCUCUGUGGCGCUGCUGGAGCGUGGAAUCCAGCAUGGCCUGCAAUUCCCAUUACCGUCUUCAUCGUGGCCUGUAGCAUCUCGAUGGUCUUCGUGGUCUAUCUGCAACCGUUGGAACGAGGCCAUUUCCGUAGCUCAAUUUGGACGUCGGAGGCUGGAGGGCUCCCACUUACCUGUGGCUCGUCUUUCUGGACACUUUCAGGCUUGGUUUUGUGGGACUGUCUGCUCUUCGCCGGCAUUCUGGUGCUGCCCUAUGGCAUUAUGGUAGAGAUUCUGGCCUUCUGGAACGUGGCUUUCAGGGGCAAUCGCUUUGAAUACGUCACGGCCACGAAGGCCCUGGCUACAGAGAUGCAAAACAGGCCUUUGUUGACCACUUGA